AACACAUAUAUCAUCCUCCAAAAAAGCACCCAAAAAAAACAAAAACCAAAAUGGCAACCAACAUGUCCCUCCUCAAACCCAUAUCAAAAACCAGUUUUUCAAGCACCCCAAUUACCACAACAACAAAGACUCUCUUUCCGACCAGACUAAUCCGAAUCUCGGCCGUUUCGGCCCAAACUGCCACACCCACAAAAACCAAAAACAGUGGCAGUGGAAACAACAAAAAGGGUAUUAAGGAAACAUUGUUGGCACCAAGAUUUUACACAACUGAUUUUGAUGAAAUGGAACAGUUGUUUAAUACUGAAAUGAAUAAGAACUUAAAUGAAGCUGAAUUUGAGGCGUUGUUACAAGAAUUUAAAACUGAUUAUAACCAAACACAUUUUGUUAGAAAUAAAGAGUUUAAAGAAGCUGCUGAUGAAAUGCAAGGUCCACUUAGACAGAUUUUUGUUGAGUUUUUGGAGAGGUCUUGUACUGCUGAGUUUUCGGGUUUUCUUCUUUACAAAGAACUUGGUAGAAGACUUAAGAAAACUAACCCAGUGGUCGCAGAGAUCUUCUCCCUCAUGUCCAGGGAUGAGGCACGCCAUGCUGGAUUUCUCAACAAGGGAUUGUCAGAUUUCAACUUGGCAUUGGACUUGGGAUUCUUGACAAAAGCAAGAAAAUACACUUUUUUCAAGCCGAAGUUCAUAUUUUACGCAACAUAUCUGUCAGAAAAGAUCGGGUACUGGAGAUACAUAACCAUAUACAGGCACCUAAAGGCAAACCCUGAGUACCAAUGCUACCCCAUUUUCAAGUACUUUGAGAACUGGUGCCAAGAUGAAAACAGACACGGUGACUUCUUUUCUGCACUCAUGAAGGCGCAGCCACAGUUUCUCAAUGACUGGAAGGCUAAGCUUUGGGCUCGCUUCUUCUGCUUAUCUGUGUAUGUUACCAUGUAUCUUAAUGAUACCCAAAGAACUGCUUUCUAUGAAGGCAUUGGGCUGAACACAAAGGAGUUUGACAUGCACGUCAUCAUUGAGACAAACCGCACAACAGCUAGGAUAUUCCCGGCUGUACUGGAUGUAGAGAAUCCUGAGUUCAAGAGGAAAUUGGACCGAAUGGCUGACAUCAACUCGAAGAUAAUAGCAAUUGGGGAAACAGAUGACAUCCCAUUGGUGAAGAACUUGAAGAGAAUCCCGCAUAUUGCUGCGUUGGUAUCAGAGUUGUUGGCUGCUUACCUGAUGAAACCCAUUGAAUCAGGAUCAGUUGACAUUGCAGAGAUGGAUCCACAACUCGUUUACUAGAAGAUAAUCCGUUUUUGUAGGUAAAUCAAUUGAAUAUGUUGGUUGCUGCAUGCUUUGGUUGAGCAUAAUUGUGUAAAAAGAAACUUGAUAAAUUUGAUGAACUCACUAUCUUAUAUUUAA